CUCGGUUGCAGCAGCACAAGAAGCAUCCAUUCAUAGAUGGAAACCACGGUGUUUAUCUGGUGUAAGUCCGGGAAAAUAAGCAUCAUUUUUGCAGUGAAACUCGUUCCCUGUUUGUUUUGCUGUGGAUAAAUAGGAACAGUAAUUGUAUCUCGCACAUCUUGCGUUUUUUUUCUUGGGAAGGGAUGGAAUACAUCAGAACCCCAAAGGGCCUCUGCCCCUUCCCUCUUCAGUCCUGACGAAGGGUUCCGGCCUGAAACGUCGACUCAUCGUUUCCACUGAUGCUGCCCGACCUGCUGAGUUCCUCCAGCGUGUUUGUUGAAAAUGUCCGUUUGCUGGAUGGAGUCUUAUUGAAGAAGGCAUCAGUUGGUUCCCUGUAUUUAACAGCAACACACUUAAUUUUUGUGGAAAAUGUGUCUGAAUCACAGAAGGAAACCUGGGUACUUCAUAGUCAAAUAUGCGCUGUGGAAAAGCAAGCAACAACGGCAACUGGGUGUCCACUCCUUAUUCGCUGCAAGAAUUUCCAGGUCAUCCAGUUUAUCAUUUCACAAGAAAGAGACUGCCAUGAUAUUUACAUUUCAUUAAUUCGUUUAUCACGUCCAGUGAAGUAUGAAGAACUAUAUUGCUUCUCAUUUAAUCCAAAGCAAGAAAAAGAUGAGAGAGCAAGAGGGUGGAAACUGACAGAUCUCAAAGCUGAAUAUAAUCGCAUGGGACUUCCUAAUAACUUAUGGCAGGUUUCUCAUGUUAACAGAGAUUAUGGGGUUUGUGAUACAUAUCCUGCUGAAUUGUAUGUGCCAAAAUCGGCCUCUACACCAGUCAUAGUUGGCAGCUCUAAAUUCAGGAGUAGAGGGCGCUUGCCUGUUCUCUGUUACUUCUGCCAGGAUAACAAUGCUGCUAUUUGUAGAAGCAGCCAGCCUUUAUCAGGUUUUAGUGCUCGGUGCCUUGAGGAUGAACAGAUGCUUCAGGCCAUCAGAAAGUCAAACCCAGGGAGUGAUUUCUUGUACGUUGUUGAUACCCGGCCAAAGUUAAAUGCAAUGGCAAACCGAGCAGCAGGAAAAGGGUAUGAAAAUGAAGACAACUAUUCCAACAUCAAGUUCCAUUUCAUAGGAAUAGAAAACAUUCACGUGAUGAGAAGCAGUCUACAAAAACUACUGGAUGUCUGUGAACUUCGAUCUCCUUCAAUGAGUGAUUUCCUAUGGGGUUUAGAGAGUUCUGGUUGGUUGAAGCACAUUAAAGCCAUCAUGGAUGCGGGUAUAUUUAUUGCAAAAGCUGUUGCAGAGGAAGCCGCCAGUGUAUUGGUCCACUGUUCGGAUGGUUGGGACAGAACUGCCCAAGUCUGCUCUGUAGCAAGUGUACUACUUGAUCCAUUUUACCGAACCUUAAAGGGAUUCAUGAUUUUGAUUGAAAAAGACUGGGUUUCUUUUGGACACAAGUUUAACCACAGAUGCAGCCACCUGGAUGGUGACCCCCGGGAGGUUUCACCAGUCAUUGAUCAGUUUUUUGACUGUGUGUGGCAGCUGAUGGAACAAUUUCCGUGUGCCUUUGAGUUCAAUGAGAGAUUUCUGGUGCACAUUCAUCAUCACGUCUAUUCCUGCCAGUUUGGCAACUUUAUUUGCAACAACAGUAAAGAGAGCAAAGAGCAGAGGAUUCAGGAGAAAACUCAUUCACUCUGGGCUCAUCUGUGGAAGAGUUGUGCGGAUUACAAAAAUCCGUUGUAUAGACAAAAUCACAGUCAAACUCAAGGAGUUCUGAGGCCACAGACAGCUCCAUCUAACUUCAGAUUUUGGAGGAGUAUGUACAACCGGUUUGAAAAGGGAAUGCAUCCUCGACAGUCCGUUACAGAGUUUUUGAUGGCUGUGAAAGAGGAAACCCAGCAGCUGGAGGAGGAACUUGAAAUGUUGGAGGAGAAAUUACAACUUCAAGAUAAAUCCCAUCUGAAGAAAAGAAGUGAGAAAACCAAGCGAUCACAGAAGAUGGAAAUUUCAGUCUCUGAUCAACCUAUAGCCAACACCCCUCAGGAUUAUAUUGACAAUGGGAGACCAUUCACUUCCUGUAGCCCUUCACAAGGACGUGAAGAUUCAGAAUCUAUGAUCCUAACACAUAGCAUGAAGCAUUCAGACACUGAUCUUUCUGCUAAUAGUGACCAGGAAUCAGGUGUCGCUGACUUGAACUGCAGAUCACCAAGUGGGGGAGACUUCCUAUCGAGUGAAGAAAACAGCAAAAACCUGUCAGAGUACCCUGAGGAUGUUGCCUUUGCUGUUGCUUGAGAUUCUAGUACAAUUCGAUUUUUAAAAAAAGACAGUUUGCAAAGAGAAGGUGUAAAAUAUCAUGUGCCACUAUAUAGUAUAAGGCACUUGUAGAUUUUUAGUAUCAUUACAAUUUAUAGCUUCUAAUCCCAUCUUGUCUCAAAGCAAGUCGUAAACAAACCAGUUAUUUUUGGUUGGAAGGAACAGAGAGCCCAGGCUGAUUUUAUUUUUCUCUCUCCAAAUUUACUUAUUCUUCCAGCUUCUAUUUUAUAAAGAGAGGAAAUUGUUAAAUUUACUUCAUGGCCAAGGCCUAUGCAAACUGUAAAGUUAUGAUCAUUUUAAAAAACUUCUGCCAGGAUUCUCAGUGAAGGCAUGAGUCUGCAGAUUCUGGAAUAUGGAGCCCGAAAUAACGUGCUGGAGGAACUCAAUGAGUGGAGUGGCAUCUGUGGUUGGGGUGGGGGGAAGGAAUGUACUGUGAUGCAGGGUUUCGACCUGAAAUGUCAAUAAUCCCUCCCCCUAUCCCCUAUACUGCUCUGUUCAUGGAGUUAAUCCAGUAAUAUGUUACGAUUCUUCGUAUUUCUUUUGCCAAAUUGUUCUGGUGAGGUCAAUAAUGGAAGCCAAAGCAUUUUCCUUGAGGUCAAUUGCAAGCAGCAGAAGGUAUGACCUACCUGUUCAACUAAAUCUAUAAACCAUAGAACUUGUUCAGCAUAUGACUAAUUUGUUUUGGAUCUCAACAGUUCAACAGUUCUAAAGCUGUAAAUGAAGUCACCAUAGAAAACUGGUAGCUGACAAAUUUUAUUGAACCGUCUCCUUGCUGGCAAGGAAAUAAAAACUUAAAACCAAAUAACUUAUGUUUUUACUUUAAAAGUAAUUAGAUAGAAAUUCUCCAAUUAUAACAGAACCAACAUAAUUGAAUAUUUUUCUAGAUUUUGUGUAACUAUAGUCACAGAAGGAAUCAAAUGAAAGAAUUAAUUUAUUGUAAUCAUAGAGCUAUAAUUUUUUAGGUAUUGUUUGUGUACUUAAUUAAAAUCUUUGUUUCUUUAUUGCACAUUUUAUUUUUUCCAUAAAACUGGAUUUAUUAGAAAUUGCAAAGUAACAUUUUAAAGAUUUAGGUAAAUUUACAAAAUGUAGCCAAUGCUAAAUGACCCAAAACCUAAGGUCAUUUAAGUCCUCCUUGCCAGGAAAACAAUGACUGGGUUGACUUAGUAGACGUGUCACAAUUCAAAGGCAUAGUCUAGUGAAGGAAGUCUGGCAUCUUCUUUCCCUGUUUCAAUAUUUAGUUGAUGUCUGUCAUUUUGACCCUACCAUCUCCAGCCUCUUACUCUCUUGUAGCCACCUUUGGACAAAAGAUAGGGUUAAAAAGACUAACCCAUUAUGGAUGCAAAAUAGCUACCACUUUUUCAUGAAUAAAGUUACUUUCCAGCAAGUUUCACUAUCAAAUUGAAAUGUUAAUUAUUAACUUAUUGAAUCAAAUUAGUAUACUUUAGUAUUGCUCAAAGCAGAUUUUUUUCCCCAAAAGUGCCGAGCAUACGAGUACACUCACUUCCAGUUUCAAGCCGUUUGUCUACUUUUUCUAUCUGCUACUUUUGAAUCUUGAAUCAUGGACCCACAAAGAAAUCUCAGCAUGAAUUAAGAUUUGGUAUAGUGUUGGGAUCUUAUUCCUUAAAAUAUCAAAUAUUUAUGAUUUCAGACAAUCCUGCUGCAUUUGCUUUCCUGUAAAUAGAAUGUUCAAUGUUAUUGUAAAAAACUGUGAUAUGCUUAAUGUACUGAGUAAUACAAAAGUGAAGUAUAUAAUAAAUUAUGGCAUUUCUAUCCUUAAUGUAAAAAUAAAUCCUUAUGUAGGCAGUCUUACUUUGUAUCAGAAUGGAAACAAUGAGAGAUUCUGCUUCAGAAAUUCUUAACUAAAUUCUAUAGAUUACAACUGUUUCAAGGAUAUGACUGAAUUUAUGUGUAGGUAUGGAAUGCCACAUCAAUAUUGAAUUUCCAAUUUGAAAACUUCACCUUAAUAAACUUCACCAGUGAAAACUGUGCAAAUAUUUC